CUCUUAAACAUUUCUGGGAUCAUCAAUCGGUUUUUGGUCAACCAUGAAUAUGAAUCAAGUUGCAGAGUAUGUCGAAACUGAUCCAACUGCUCGCUAUGGACGUUUUGCAGAAAUUCUUGGAAGGGGAGCGAUGAAGACAGUGUACAAAGCAAUCGAUGAGAAGCUGGGAAUAGAAGUAGCAUGGAGCCAGGUGAAGCUUAAAGAGGUUCUGCGUUCAUCUGUUGAUCUACAGAGGCUUUACUCCGAGGUUCAUCUCCUCAGCACUCUUAACCACAAAUCCAUCAUUCGUUUCUACACUUCCUGGAUUGAUGUUCAUAACCAUACUCUCAACUUCAUCACCGAGUUGUUCACUUCUGGGACCCUCCGACAAUACAAAAAUAAGUACUUGCGGAUAGAUAUCCGAGCAAUCAAGUCCUGGGCUCGGCAAAUCUUGGAGGGUCUUGUUUAUCUCCACGGGCACGACCCUCCUGUUAUCCAUAGAGACCUUAAGUGUGAUAAUAUAUUUGUUAAUGGGCAUCUUGGACAAGUCAAAAUUGGUGAUCUUGGUCUUGCAAGAAUGCUGCGCGACUGCCAUUCUGCACAUAGUGUCAUUGGCACUCCGGAGUUCAUGGCUCCAGAAUUAUAUGAGGAGAACUAUAAUGAGCUCAUUGACGUUUAUUCAUUUGGUAUGUGCUUUCUGGAGAUGAUCACUUCUGAGUUCCCGUAUAGUGAGUGCAACAAUCCAGCGCAAAUUUACAAGAAAGUUGUCGCGGGAAAGCUACCAGGAGCCUUUUACAGAGUUGGAGACAUCGAGGCACAGAGGUUCAUCGGAAAAUGUCUCGUGUCUGCCUCAAAGAGAGUAUCAGCAAAAGAACUAUUGCAAGAUCCAUUUCUUGCCUCUGAUGAGUCCUGGAUGGUGUACGCGAGUGGUGCUGGGAAUCCAAAGCCCUUCUUGAACGAGAAUGAAAUGGACACACUGAAGUUGGAAGAUGAUGAGUUAAAGACACAGAUGUCCAUCGCUGGCAAGCUGGGCGCUGAAGAUAACAAAAUCGAUCUGGAAGUACAAAUCGCAUAUGAUAAUGGUCUGGCAAAUAAUGUGUUCUUUCCCUUUGACAUCAUGAAUGAUACUUCCAUUGAUGUUGCAAAGGAGAUGGUAAAAGAACUUGAGAUUAUCGAUUGGGAGCCAGUCGAAAUUGCUAAAAUGAUUGAUGGAGCGAUUUCUUCUUUGGUGCCUGGUUGGAAGUAUGAGGAAGAUGAUGAAACCCCUCAUGAUCAUCAUCGUCAUCGUACCGAUCCUUUCCACUCUUCUUCCUCGCACUCGUCAUCUUCCCAAGCUUCACUCUCUAACUAUAUGGCACGAGGCCUUCAAGAUUGGGUACAAGAUGAUUUACACGAUGAGACGUAUUCUCAGAGUUCUUCCCAUUCAGGGUCUUACUCCAACCUCAACUACAUAGCUGUUGAUGAGCACAGCUCCCAAUCUCCUGCUAUGACCAGAACUCACAACUUGACGAGGUUUUGUCCCGAAGAAAGCUCUCAUCUACAGUCAGGACAAGCCAACGCGUAUGCAGCUUCCAGUUCAAUUAACAGAAGCUUGGCUUCAGACAACCGCACACUUACAAGGAACCGAUCACUUGUAGACGUGCAGAGAAAGUUACUGCACCGGUCGCCAGGGGAAGAGGCUAGAAAAAAAAGAUUGUUCAAAACUGUUGGAGACGUAGAAACAGUUGGGUUUCAGUCGCCUUAUGCGAUUUCACGUAAGCCACCAAGCUCAAGGCGCUAGCUUCUCCAGUACUUUAAUUACUGUAAAUUUAUUCAUGUAAUAUAGAAGUAUAUAUAUACUGUGAAAAAGAAGUUUGCUGGUUCAAAAAUGUAAAAAGUUCAUGUGUUUAAUAAAGUUGUGCAAAGGCA